AUGGCCCAAGAGCGCACUGUAACCUCUGCCGAUGGUACUAAGAUUGUCGCGGAAGCGAUCGGGAACCCGAGCAAGCCCUCUGUUGUCUUUAUCCCCGGUCUAGCAUGCACAUAUUUGGUAUUUGACAAACAGUUUAACGAUGCCGAGCUGCAAGAGAACUUGUACAUGGUGCGAUAUGAUCUGAGGGGCCAUGGUCGUAGCGAUUGUCCCGAGGGCAUCGAGGCAUAUAGUGCACAGAAGAUGGCAGAGGAUUUCCGGGCUGUGUGCGAAGCAUUUGGCUUGAAGAAACCCUUCCUUUUGGGAUGGAGUCUCGGAACUAUGAUGGCUGCUGAUGUCGCGGCAUAUUAUGGAUUGGACUACUUGUCGGGCCAAGUCCUUUUGGGCGGCCCGAUGAUCACCCUCUCUUUAGGUAUGCAGGCGUGCACCGCAGAACUUAUGGCUCUGGCUCCCUCCGUCCUAUCCACCGACGCGUCGAUCACUCGUGAAGUUGCUGUCGCCUACGUGGACGGGUGUGUCGGAGACCCUGCUGUCGAUCUCUCAUGGGAGACGAAGUUACAAUGGAUGGGCGGUUUUGUCUGUGUUCCGCCCAGCGUCCGCGGAUACUACCUUCAACGAGAGCAGGAUGCCACGAGGUACUUGGCGGAAGCGAAGGAGUGGCCAGUGCUUGUGAUUCAAGGGACUGAGGACAAGCACACGCGCGCUGAUAUGGUGGCUAAACAAGCGAAGGAGACAUUCAAUAAGCUUGACAUUCACAUUAUGAAGGGAGUCGGACAUGCUCCGCAUUGGGAACGUCCCGAUGAAUUCAAGCGGUUUGUCCUCGACUAUGUGCGGAACGUGGCCAAGGUUGGAAAAUCCCAUCCCAUACACACUGGUCACUAA